AUGAAUGAACAUCACCGCCAAAUUGCCCUGGAUACAUCGCCAUCAUCGGAGCACGGUAGCCCACCAGGAGAUGAUACUAGGUCUACUACGGGUCAUACGUGGAAGAAAAGGGUGUCGACGGCAUGCUUGGCUUGCAAGAAGUCUAAACGCAAGUGUUCUGGAACCCCGCCGUGUGACAAUUGUCGUUCCUUCCAGCGCACCUGCAUUUUCGACGAAUCCCUCGACCAACGCCGUCGUGUUGCGGCAAAACGCACAGCCGACGAGCUUUCAUAUCACCGAGACCUGUUGAAUGAUCUAUUCAAGAUGGUACGAGAGGCGGACGAGUCCAAUGCGCUACAAUUGCUCGAUAUUAUUCGACGAAACGCCCCACCUCACGAGAUCAGAACUUACAUCAAUGAGACCCUGGCUAAACUCGGCGCGGAUAAUACGGCACCUCGCGAAACAGUUGCAAAGUUGGAGGAUGCCCGGUACCUUAUAAAUAUCGAUGCUGAGGGUCCAUCUUUCCGAAGUAAGGUGAUGGAUAUCCAUUAUCUUUGUGAUGAGGCACCAUUCAAGGUUCCUGCACAGCCGUGGACAUCUGUUACAAGUGAUGCGGAUCUUGUCUCUCACCUUGUUUCCCUUUACUUUACGUGGAACUAUCCAUUCCAAGGAGUCUUGGAUAGAGAUGUCUUUUUAAAACAUAUGAGAAGUGGAGACCUGCACUCGGAAUUCUGCAGUCCCUAUUUGGUCAAUGCUCUGCUGAGUAACGCAUGCUACUUCUCGGAGUUCUCAGAAGCAUAUGUAGAUACAGGCAAUAUCGCUUCCAAGGGUUGUUAUUUUCUGGCCGAGGCCGAGCGACUGAAAGACUUGCAAGAUCCUCAGCCUAGUCUGGUGCUUCUUCAAGGAACACUUCUCAUGUAUGAGAGGUAUGCCAUGUCGCGCAACGAUGACUUGGGUUAUAUCACGCUGCAUGAGGCGAUCAAAAUGGGAGAAUCCUUGGGCUUGGUCGGUGAUAGAGGGCCCAGGAUAACUUCUAAUCAACUAUCGCAGGAUAUGGACUUUUCAUGUAGGAGUGCUGCAUGGGGGCUCUUCAAUAUUGACACGAUGAUUCAUACUGGGUUUCUAAGACCUUGCCUGAUUGAUAAUGUCAACAUGCCUCGCAUCGAUGGUAAUUCCUUGCAGCAUCAAUCUCAAUGGACACCAUAUCCUACCCAUCGCCAGCCAUGUCCGUCUUAUAUUGAUAUCUUCUUUGAUGAGGCGAGUAACCUCUCUACUAUUGCGCGUGAUAUCUCACGUAGCAUGUUUGGCGAUAACAGCAGUAAUCGGGAUGCGGAGCCAAUGCAGCGCCAGAGUCGAGAAGUCUUGUUUGAACAAUUACAACGGUGGCAAGAGUUGUUACCUACCGCUUUUUCUUCACCAGAGCUGCCGCCCCAUAUAAUUUUGUUGAGAAUGCGGUAUAAUGCGUUGAUCAUCAAUCUGUUCAGCUGUAUCUCAGGAGGAGGACUUGCCAGCCUUGCAUCAGAAGCCCCACAUACACCAGAAAGUCCUCCAAGGCAAACACCCGAUUCGAAGUAUAAUCCUUGGCAGGUGACGCAACUGGCAGCGCGGGAUAUAGCUGCAUUAGCGCAUUUACACCGACAGGAAUUCGGCCUGAACCGAGCCCAUCAUUUUGCGAUGUACGCGAUUAAUCUGGCCCUGUUCACGCUACUUGAACAGGAAUCCUUUGAUGUCCUUGACCGGGACUUCCUUUCCUUGGCAAGUGCUUUUUCCAUCGUUGCCAGCCGAUCAGCGUUGGGGCGAAAUCUGUUUCACAUAUUCCGGCAGUCGACGCGGGCCAAAGCUCAAGGUGACAGGAUCCGCCAAGCGAAGUCUAUCCCUGAUGAGCUUAAAGAUUUAUUCGACGAGGAACCUUCAAGCAAGGGUCAUAAUCGAUUUGAUGAAUAUGCAGAAGGACUGGAAAAGUUGAACAAGAAGCAAAAAUACCAUGGGAUUGGCGGGAAUGGCGGUACCAAUCUCCAGGAUUACCCCGGUAUGGGGUUAUCCGACAUGCUUGACCGCUAUGAAAGCCUGAGUCUUGGGAAAGACAGUGUGCUGAUUGACAGACAUCGCUCAGCACGCUGUUAG